UCUUAGCAGUUACUAAGCACGGUUCAAAUAAGGCGAACAACUUUAAAUUCUUAGUGACCUUAUAUACGUAUUUGGUUGAUAUAAUAACAUAGAAUUAUCUGCAUAAAUAAUAUCUCACGUAUAACUUAAUAAUGUUUAAAAGUCUUCAGUAGGAAGAGGAUUAUUUAUUAGUGAACUUCAAUAGUAUUCCAAACUACUAAACCGAUAUCUGCAAAAAGCUCUAUUUACUUGUGUGUAUUUAUAUUUUGCUAAAGUUAAAGUAUGCAGAUAAUAGAUGAUCAAGAAAGUCAUGAAAUCCUCGGUAAUGAUGAAACCGUUAAAGAACAUUUAACAAACUGUAAUAACAGUCAAACGAGAUCUCUAAGUAGGAAAAGUUCUUUAAAUGUAAGUAGAAACUCUAGUAAAGAAAAUGUAGUGCAAAAACAACAUUUAGUCACUACCGUUUUUGAACUAACUGGAAUACAAGAAAAGGAAGGGUCCAAAGAAUUCGGAACGUUAAUACUUUUAGGAGUAAUGUUGUUACUUUUCAUAAUAAGUAUCACAGGAUUUUUUAUCAUGUGGUUUACAGAAUAUUAUAACGACACGAUGCUUUCGCAAAUAAUUUUAAAAAAUGAUUCCGAAAGCACAAAAAAUUGGAUGAAUCCAAAUCCUAAAUAUGACACUCUACUAAAAGUACACAUAUUCAACUACACAAAUAUUGACAAAUAUUUCGCUGGAAUUGACGAUAAAAUUAAAGUUGAGGACAUUGGUCCACUAACAUAUAAGGAACAUACAACAAAAGUAAACGUUUCGUUUAAUAACAAUUACACUGUAACAUUUAGGGAUCAUAGAACUUACCAGUUUCUACCCGAAAAAUCUAACUGUGAAGAACGCGAAAUAUUUGUGCUUCCUAACGUGCCCCUAAUAAGUGCUUCUACUAAAAUUGAAAAAAUUAAUAUUUUCAAGAAAAUUAUGGCCAUAAAAAUAAUUAAUGCAUAUGACGAGGGUGCAUUUAAGACUCUUACGGCACAUGAAUUUUUGUGGGGAUACCGUGAUCGAAUUGUAUCAUUGGAUAUUGGAACCGGGUCAUCUCACUUCGGCUUAUUAAUGAAUCGAAAUGGAACUAGUGUGGACUCUCUUCAAAUAAAUACAGGCGAAGACGAUAUUCGAAAAUUUAGUAUAAUAACACAAUUCAAUGGUCAACCCCUACUAGACUUCUGGGCAGAUCAGAAAUGCAAUCGUGUUGAUGGUUCAGAUGCAUCAAUGUUUCCGCCUCAUAUUUUAAAUACCAGAGAAGAUUUGCAAGUUUUUUUGCAAGUACUUUGCAGAAAAAUUCCUCUUUCUUUUGAAAAAGAAGUUACAAUCCUUAAUAAUAUUGACGCUUUUCGUUACCGAACGCCAUUGAAUGUUUUCUCGAGCCCAGAAAAUAAUCCAGAAAAUGAAUGCUACUGUCACAAUACUCAAGUGUGCUUGCCCAGUGGAGUCAUAAAUGCCACUAAAUGCUAUAACGGAGCUCCUAUAUUUCCGUCCUUUCCACAUUUUUUCUCCGGAGAUCCAAAAAUUUACAAAGAUUUUGAUGGAAUCAUGCCUUCGAGGGAAUUACAUCAAACGUAUGCUGAUAUCCACCCAAGAUUUGCAUUUCCCAUAAGUGGUGCUUCGCGAAUACAAAUCAAUAUUGCGGUCCAUAAAGGUUCGAUUUUGAAAAAUAAAUUGGAUCGAAUUAAAGAAGGCACCAUAUUACCUCUUAUAUGGAUAGAAAUAACAUCAGGGGACUUUACCGAUGAGAUAAUAGAAAAUCUCUAUAUAAGCACCUUCGGGUUGAAUGCCAUCCAAUAUGCUUUGAAAUAUGGCACAUUAUUUGCUUGCAUUAUUUCGUUUGCUCUCAUCGUUGGAGGAUUUUAUAAUUUAACUCAAAAACGAAGACAGCACGCACUAAGUAAAACAUAUCUACGCUUAGCGAUCCCAAAUGGUUUGAACAGGUGUAAAAAAUCCAGAAACCAAACCAACCAUUUUCAAUUGUAAAACAUAAGCAAUCUACCGACUGGAAUGUUUCUUCAUGACAGUUAAACAUUAAAAUGAAGGAGUAUUUUAAAUUAGUUUACCAACUACUUAUUAAAUAUUUCGGAUCCGAAAUGACAAUACGGUUUUGUUUUAGGUGUUCUGCAAUUCGUUCGAUUUCUUUUGACUUAGAAUUUAUGUUCGAAACAGCUGAUUCCUUUCUGACAGUUUGACAAAACAAAUUAAAAAGGAUUCGUUAGUUCAAUAUAUGAGAUAACUCGGAACUAAAUAUAUUUUAUUGAAGAAUAAUGUUUUUUUAAGGCCGCUUAUGUUUUGAGCGAACGUGUAUAAUCAAUUUCAGGUGAGUUUUGAAAAAAACGUUUGCCGACUUCAGAUGGUUUCUUGCUUGCUUCAGGUUUGUUAUCAGCUGUUGCUUAAGAGGGGACCUGCUUUAAAGGUUUCAACAAAUCGAUUUUUAGAAUUUUUUCGGGGGGAAAGAACUGUUUGAUUGAAGCGAAAUUUCUAGGUUUUAUAGUAAUAUAGUUUAUUUAAACAUCAUUCGAAAAUUUGUUGAAUACGAAAUCUUGGAUAUUCUGCUUGACUUUUCCCAGUUUUUUUUUCAAGUUUAAAUGGAAGAUAAUUUAAUGCCAAAGAUAAACCUUUUGCACCAAUUCCAUACGACGGUUAGUUUUUUUCUAUCCUGCUAUCCUUUCGCUUCAAAGUUUACGCUUUCUGCUCAAGUGCUAGACGCUCGGUCACUUAUUCCCUUCUAGCUUCGACAAUAUUUCUCAAAUUCCCAUCUAUAACUUUGAGGCCAU